AUGGUGAAGGCGGACGAGAAAGCCACGGACGCCAACAGGGCAAUCCACAUUGCCGCCGUCAAUGGACAUACCGUCGGCUGCUAUAGUGGCGUCGUGCAGGCUCUCAUCGAAUUCGACAAGAAGAUGAGCAACGCCGCCAACAACUUUGGCACGACGCCGCUCCACUUGGCCGUCUAUGCCGGGAAGACCGCCACCGCCGCCUUCCUCCUCAAGCACGGAGCAUCGCCCAACGCUUGCGACAGGGCGAAGGUCACCCCCAUCCACAAUGCCGUCGCCCGAGGCAGCCACGAUCUCUUCUGGUUGCUGAUCGCGUACGGCGCCCGAUGCGACAUUCUGGACAAGGAAGGCGAGACCCUCACCGACUGGGCGCGCUGCUUCAAGCGCAGGGAGAUGGAGGAGCCCAUCGCGUGCGCCCUGGCCCAGGCCAGGAAGCAGGCGGCAGCUGCAUUUUCCGUGUGA